AUGAUUAAACAAAUUCAUGAACAAUUAAUAAAUUUAACUGAUGAUCAAUCACUAGAAGAUUUUAUUUCUUUAUAUUCAAAAUAUUCAUCUUUGCUUAAAUCACAUCAACAUACGGAACUUCUUUUUCGUUCUUGUCGUUUGGGUUUAUUAUCAUUUUUAGAAUAUAUAUUAAAUUCAAAAUUAAUCGAUAUCAAUUGUCCACAUCCAUCAACAGGUUAUCCACUUUUAUUUCUUUCUAUUCAACCACAAAAACAUGAUAUUAUUAAAUACAUUAUUCAACAAACAAAUGCUAAUAUUAAUUGGUCUUGCCAGAACAAUGGAAUAACAUGUCUUAAUGAAGCAAUACGACAAUCAGACUAUUCAACAGUUAUACUUCUUCUUGAACAUGGUUAUGCUAUUAAUCAAAGUCAUUUAUUUGGCACUAUCAUCGAAUGUUUUCGUCAAGACAAUAAAGUUAGUUGA